AUGUUCGUUGCAAGAAGUCAUACAUUAUUAUUCACUGUAAACUUUAUUACAUCAAUUAUUUGCAUAUUAAUAAUAUCUGGAUCUGGAUUGUUUAUGUUAUCAGAAGAAGCUAAUUUUAUGAUAUUACGUAAAACAAUAAAAUUAUUUGUAAAACAUGUUGUUCCACCAAGUUCAAAUUAUGGUAGUGGUGUUGGAAAGUUGAUUAUGACAAUUACACUAUUUACAUUCAGUUUAGGCAAUUUAAUAAUUUGCAUUAUUGGAUUCAUUGCUGUAUGGAAUCAAAAAUCUUCUUUGUUAAGGAUGUAUCAAAUCAUGCUAGGAUUCCUUCUUCUUGGACAUUUAAUGCUAAUCGUUGGAUACUAUUUCAGUAAACAAACUAUUGAAGAUCAUUUGAAAGAUUUUCUGAGAGGUUUAAUGACAGAAUAUGUAUCACUGAGAAGUGGAACUCCGGCAAGCUUAUUUACUGCCAGUGUAAUGGUUAUGUUAAAUUGUUGUGGAGCUACAUAUCGUCAGUUUGAUUGGAGAUAUGCAAACUUUGAUCCAGUUGAUACUUACGAUAACAUACUUUAUCAUGGUAUAAAUCAACCUAUACCAUGUUGUAAAAUGAAUGAUCAGUUAGAAAUAAUCAACAUUACAUGUCCAUUUGAAUAUACAAAAUACAAUAGUAAUAUUGAAAUUGGUUGUGAUAAACCAUUCGCAGAAGAAAUAACAUUAUAUUUAAAUACAAUAGUACUUGGAAGUAUUUCAGUUUUAUUAAUUAAUGUAAUCAUGUUAUGUAUUGGAGUGAAAGCAAUUAAAGAUUUCAAUCCUAUUAACUUAUAA